UUAGAAUAUUUUUUUUUAAUUUCAGAUUGCCCACGAAUCAUGUUUGCAGUUGUACAUUUUGUGGAUGAUGAAAGUGUAGAAUGCGUCCCAAAGUCAUGGCUGGAAGGGCAAUACUGCUAUUGGCCAAAUUCAAAUGCCAAAAGAAAAAUUAAAAAAAUGUCAUUGCCUGACAAGGAAAGCUGGAAAAAAUUCAAAUUUAGAAAAAUUGGACAAGAUUAUGAGGACUAUGAAACUGCCAGGAAAAACCUAAAAAAAGCAGAGGAAACAUCAAAUUUAGAAAGUGAGGAGGACUCCAGGAAAAGAAAGCUACCGGCAAGGUUAAUAAGCGAGUCAGAAAGUGGGACGGAUAUUGAGAGUGAUGAAGAAGGUAAAAGAAAGCCAUCCCCCAAAAAGUCAAGAGUUCCACAGAGGGAGGAUCACAAAAAACACAGAACACCUGUGAAAAAAGCAUCAGUAAUCUCACCGCCACCAUCUUUGCCAGUUAGGAAACACACCCUAAUCACGGCUUCAGUAAGGAGGCAGUUGCUGGAUGCUAGCAUUCGUAAAUCCCCAAGAUCAAAACCAGGGGUCCCAAGCUUCAUCCCUGAGAAAUCACCAAGAAGAGACACCAUUAUUUCACAAGUUUCUUCAGUUGUAGGUGCUAAACCAUCAUCGUCUAGAAGUAGUUCAUCAAUUUCUCAACCCAAACCUGGUAUGUGUUCUAGUGAUGUUGGAACAUCUUCAACAAAGAAUGUAGGAGGGAACAUUUCCGAGUUACUCCAUCAAGUCAUUUCCAAGAUAGAUAUUCUGCAGCAGGACAUAGCUGCAAUUAAGACCCAUUUAAUAUCGUCAGUGGAUGUUGAUAUUGACACUAUUGAAAGCUUACUUCCAUCGGGAAGUAAGCUUGAUUCUGUUCCUGAAGUUGAAGAUUUUCAAGAAAGCUUGGAUGAAAAUUCCAAGAGGAAACUGAUAAAUGCCAUGGCAGCUUUGCAAGGGGGAGAUAAUGCAGGGGAGAUAUGCAGAGCAAUAAUGAGGUCCAUAAUGACAAACAAAUGCAUGAGCCAGUUUAGUGGAACUGGGCAAAAGGGAAAAACCGCCUUUAUCGGCACACCCCUUUUCAAAAUCAUUCUUUCUGCUGCUCGCAAAGCUUCCAAGAAAACAAUCGCAUUCGACGCAAUCAAAAGAGAGGUGUUAGAUGUGCUGAGAUUUGCACCUUACCUUCCCGGAGGAAGCAACUAUGCCAAGAAGAAAGGAAAGAAGUCAAAGAGCCCACGGUUGGACGAGUUCCCUUCAGACUCUGAAUGAG